AUGCCCGCCAACUCUUUGUAUGUCCAGGAGGUGAUAGCCGUGCUUGCCGCGUUGCUUUCGGAUUCCUCGAGCAACAUCGGGCACAUUCAGAUGCCCCAGCACCACAAGGCGCUGCAGGGUGUAACGCUCGUGAAGCACCGGAGAACGCUCGAAGAUCUCCUUAUCAAGGCAAAGGUUUCGCUUGAGAGGCCGGUUGUGAUGCUUUACGAAAGGCCUCCGACAGGGAACACCAGUGACCAACGCCCGCUAACUCAGAACUGCCAUGCGGCAGCGAUGGCUUCCUUCGGAGCUACGCCGUGGACAAGCAAGAGCAAAGCCGUUCUGGACGGUCGGCUGGGGCCGUUUGCCCUGUUGAAGGUGUCGGACUUUGUGGGGUACGACGAAGUCUCGAAGCCAAGCCCUUCGAGCAGGGUUGAGCAGAAAGGCAUCCCCGUUCACACGGGCACCCUUGAUGGUUACAUGGACGGGAUGGACCUGAAAGAGGAGGACCGGCUGAUCUGCGUGGACCUCUUGCCGAACCGGCAAGCGGAGUUUGCAAGAGCAGUGCAAGAGCAGCAGUUCGCCAACAGCAAGUGUGUGCUACGAUAUUGCGGUAUCUUGUCUACGGAGCAGCUGGACGUGAAGUCCCAGUUGAACACAGCCGUGUACAAUUGGUGGGACGAGAGCUCUCAGGCUCCUCCGAAGCGCCGCCCUCGAGGUGAUGACGACAACGUUGCGCUUCCAGACCUGCAGCUGCUGGCUUGGCAGGAUGGUGGAGCCAUUUGGCCCCAGAGCCUUGCAGGCAAGUUCCCCAGCGGCACGGACGAGGAAUCGGAGCUGACCAAGCUUCGGAAAAGUUUCGAGAGUGAGUUCCCCCGACCCCGGGCACCAACUCGCUCCAUGAGCAGCCUGAGUGUGGGGACAGACACCGGAGCGCGGGUUGCCGGCAGCUGCGACUACAGUCAAGAUGGAGAGCCUUUGGAUGUGCAAAGAGUUCUCGACUUGGAAGCGGUUGCAGUUGCAGACUUCUCCGAGACCCCGCUUGGCACCACAGUUCCGAAGGCCGGCAAGCUGGCUGUCAUGAUCACGGAGAAGUACGAGAUGUGGGUUGGAAAUCUCACUGACUCGGAGCUGCAAACUGGCCCUUGUGAACUUUGUGGCUUUGGAACGGGAAGCUACAAGGAGAUGAUUGUCAUCAAUGUGGCAGAAGAGCCGAGCGGCGUUGCAUUUCGGAUUACAGACGACCGGGAGCUGGUCGUGGUGGACAAAAAGCUCGUUCCUUUGUGCGAAGUUCUGCGGCAAGCUGCUGUGGACAACGGGCUGGCCCACGUGGACAUUGAGAGCCACCUCAUCGCAGCCAAGCUUGCACCGCCGGAAGGCGACAACGAGCCGCAGCCCGUGGUGUUCAGGUACAACAUCUCGGGGCUGGUUUCUUCGAAAACCAGCGUGUUCAAGCCGACCCCGCUCGAUGGUGAUACCGAUAAGAGUUCCGUCAAGGGCGCCGUCCUGGGUGCCGCCUACAACGGCAACUACAAUCAGGUCAUCAACAACAAGCGAGCCAAGAUCUGCUGGGAGGCUGCCUGCUAUGAUCCCGUGAUGAUUUCUUCCAACCCUCCACGGCUGAUGCCCAUCAAGCCGAAGAUCUACCUGACUGCCGUAAUCACCGAGCCGGAACAGCCGAAGAAAAGACCUUCUGCGCUCAAGCCCACUUCGUUCAAGCCCAGUUCCAAGAAGAAGCCCAGUGCCAGUUCCAGCAAGAAGCCAAAAGUUGCUGAGUCAGAAGCCGAAACCGAGAACCCUCUUGAGCCUGAGGAGUUGUCUGAGGACUUAGGAUCCCCAGAGGAGGGUCCGGAGGAAGAAGGUGAGAGUGAGGAAAUCCCCGUGCCAGCCAAGAAGCCCAGCGUGAAAAAGAUCCCGAAAGAGAAGAAGAAGCCAACAGUGAAGCCGAAGGGUAGCAAAAAGGAGAAGUCAACAGAGUCGAAGCCGGAGGGUAGCCCAACGGAGGAGAAGCAGGAGGGUAGCCCAAAAGAGGAGAAGUCAAGCGCGUCGAAGCCGAAGGGUAGCCCAAAAGAGGAGAAGUCAAGCGAGUCGAAGCCGAAGGGUAGCCCAAAAAAGGAGAAGUCAAGCGAGUCGAAGCCGAAGGAAAGCAAGAAGCCACCAAGCAAAGCGACGAAGGUUGGGGGAGUCUUCUACGACAAAGAGGAGUCGCGAAAGGUGGCCGUAGAGGCGGUGGCUGCGCUUCGAAAGGGCGACAGUCUCGAGAGCGUUAAGCAGAUGGUGGAUUCGAUGAUGAAAGCCUUGUUGCGAAAGAAGCUGCCACCCGCAGAACGCGACGACCCUCCCCCGGAGCCGGAAGAAGGAGAAGGAGAAGAAGAGGGUGAUGCGGACGGUGAAGGUGAUGAUGCUGUGGUGGAAAGCUGA